AUGGAUUCUCGCUUCGGCGAGUAUUUACGUCGGAUCGAGAAGGAGGCGACCAUAAGGUGUCACCACUGUGAUGAGAGAGUGGACUCGGCGCAGUACACGCUGGAGCAUUGCCCGAGCCGGGAGAAUCUCCCAACACCGGCGGUGCUUAGAGAUCUGCUGACAAGCGAGGGUGGUAGAAGGGCGGUCGCCUUCUUUUGCGAGCAGAUCAUGCUCCAGAAGGAGGCCGCGAAAAGGGAAAGGCAGCAAAGUUACCAUCCAGAGAGGAUCAAUAACCGAAGAAGGGUCAUCGUGGAGGUUUCAGCCGGUAUGAAUCCAGCAUUAUCCCGUGCCCUCUACCCGGAGAGUGCAGGAUACCUAUGA